AUGUACAACUUCCUGUUUAGUCUCAACCUUAUUUUUAUGAACUGCUUAUGUAAGGAUACCUUAUUCUAUUCUAGUAACUCAAAGUUGCAAUCAAGGAGAAGUUGAUAUUAGCGGCGAUUGUAUACCUUGCUCAUCAAAUUGCAUAAUUUGUACAAUUCCUUAUACGUGUGAUACUUGUAAGACAGCAUAUUAUGUUACACCUAUAAAGCAAUGCAGUAGUUGUUCAUCUAAUUGCGAAGUUUGUAGUGGUGGAAGUGGACUUUUCUGCUCAAGUUGUUUUCCUAAGUAUUAUAAAGCUACAUCGAGUUGUAAUUCAUGCCCCACUUACUGCGCAACUUGUACUAGUAAUUCUGUAUGUUAAACUUGUGUGGAUCAUUAUUUAAUUAUUGGGACUUUAUGCUAAGUUUGUGAUGCUUCUUGUAAAACUUGUUAAACUACUACUACUACUUGUACAUCAUGUGAUGCUGGCCAAUAUCUUUCUGGUUCAUCAUGUCUUCCUUGCACGUCACCUUGUUCAGAGUGCGUCAAUGCCUCAACUUCCUGCACAGCUUGCAUUGAUAGUAACAGAACAGCUGUCAAUUAUCAAUGUGUUUGCGCUGAUGAAUAUUAUACAGAUGGAUCAAAUUAAUGUUAGCCAUGUGCAGCACCAUGUUCAAAGUGUGAAAAUAAUGCUACUAAUUGUACAGAUUGUGUCACUACUUUUACAUUAAGUACUGCUAUACCAUAUAAAUGUGAUUGCUCCUUUGGCUAUUUUUAAGUUGAUUCUCAAACAUGUGAUGUAUGCGUAAGUCCAUGUGAAACUUGUGAAUUCAAUUAGAGUCACUGUUUAACUUGCUUGGAUCCAAAUUCAAUAGUCAAUAGUUCAUAUUAAUGUGUUUGUUAAUUAGGUUGGCUUUUAGAUGCUGAUGGUGUCACAUGCAAUUAAUGUUAAUUACCAUGUUUAGAAUGUGUAGAUACAAUUAAUAAAUGUGUUACCUGUUAUGAUCAAACACAUUAAUCCCCUGAUACUUGUGUUUGUGAGCCUGGGUGGAUUAUCGAUCCUAAUUAUAAUUGUAUUAGUUGUUAAUAACCAUGUAAAACAUGUGAGAUAUCUACUUCUUAAUGCUUAACAUGUUUGGAUAUAAAUCAGGAAGUUAAUUCUUCAAAAUAAUGUGUUUGCAAGUCUACUUAUUAUGCUGAUAGCCCAAUAACUUGUGCAUAGUGUUAAUAACCAUGUUAUGAAUGCGAUACAAUUGGUUGCAUCAACUGCAUAGACGUAAAUCAAAUCCUGGAUUCCAAUAAAUAGUGCAUUUGUAAAUCUGGAUAUGUUUAAUCAGGGUAUGUGUGUCUUCAAUGUUUAAAUCCAUGUACUACUUGUAUCAAUUCUGUUAGCCAAUGUUUAACAUGUAUGGAUCCAAACUAGAUAGUCUAAAAUUUUAAAUGCUUAUGUAAGGAAGGGUUUGUAAAAAAGGGAAAUUACUGUUGUGAUGAAUAUUGUUCAGAUUGUUAAGGAGUAGAUAGUUGUAAUAGUUGUAUAAAAGGAUAUUUUCUGACUAAUAUCAAUAGAUGUUUAUAAUGUAUUGAUUAUUGUGAUAUUUGCUACAAUCAAAGUGUUUGCUAAACCUGUUAAGAGGGUUACUUUAUAAAUUAAUAGUCUCAAUGUGAAGCAUGUGUUCCUUCUUGUAAGGUAUGUGGUGAUCCAUAAAUAUGUGAUGUUUGCUUUGAUGGCUAUUAUCUAUUGGAUUGGAAAUGUGAGGCAUGUAAUCAAAAUUGUUUAACUUGCAAUGAAGUUUCUGAUAAAUGUGUUACAUGUAGACCCAAUUAUGAAAUCAAUUCUAAUAAUUAAUGUUUCUGUAAAUUUGGAUACUAUGAAGAGUAGAAUCAAUGUUAUAGAUGUGAAUAUCCAUGCAAAACGUGUUUAAGUUAAUCAAUAUGUUCAGAAUGUUUUCAAUUAUCUAAUUUACACUUAGAUGAAAAUGCUCAAUGUAAAUGUAGUCCUGGGUUCUUCUGGAAGUAGAACAGUUGUUCCCAAUGUCAUUAAACUUGCUUAACUUGUAUUGAUGAUUAAUUAAAUUGUUUGACUUGUGACUAAAAACUACAUCGAAUUUUAAAGUAUCACAAAUGUUAAUGUUCUUAAGAUUAUUUUGAGAGUGAAGAUGCAUUGUGUAUAUCAUGUUUGACUGAUUAAGGGAAAUCUUAAGAAAUUUGUAAAUACUCAGAUUGCAAUGAUAAAAUUUGGACAUAUGGAGAAGAAUGUGAUGAUGGUAAUGAUGUAAUUAGAGAUGGUUGCUCGAAUUGCAAGAUUGAUCAUAAUUAUUCUUGUUCUAAUGAGAUACUAAAGUAGUCAAUUUGUUUUCAAUGUUCGACUCAUUGCAUUAAAUGCCAACUUGAUCCUCAGACAAAAAAGUCGCAAUGUACCAAAUGUGAGUUUGGAUAUUUCUUAGAUAAAAAUGAUUGUGUUGAAUGUUCAAUCAAUUGUUUAGAAUGUAUUGAUCAAGCCUAUAAUUGCGUAAGUUGUAAGUUUCCAUAAUAAAAGAAUCACAAGUGUGAACUCUGCGAAUCUGGAUACUAUGCCGAUGAGGAUAAUGGAACUUGUUUAAAUAUAUGUGGAGAUUAAAUUAAAGUAAAAGAGGAAGAAUGCGAUGAUGGUAACACUAUUAAAGGUGAUGGGUGUGAUAAUUAAUGUCGACUAGAAGGUAAGUACAUAUUUGUAAACGGUGUAAGUAUCAUACCAAACUAUCCAAAACCAUUAUUAUAGAGUGUAGGCUCUUCUUAAAUCUAUUCUGUUACUCGAUUAUUUAAAUUAUACUAUACUUCUCCAAUAGUUAUUAAAGAAGGUUUUCAAAUCAAAGAUUAUCUAACCUUUCACAUCUCGAACAACCUUGGUGUACAAUAAAUCGAUCAGUCCAUUCAACUCACUCAAGAUACUUAAUAAAUCAAUGAGUUUAAUUAAUCUGAAUUCAGUUUGAUGAUGAAUAUCACUUUCUCAAGAAGUUCACAAGAUGAAAACUUAAUAGUCAAAUUCUUAAAUAAAUCUGUCAUUUAUUCAAAUGAAGGAUACUCCCAAAUCGAAACUGAAGUCUCUUGUCUUAUACCUAAAGUUAUAUUUAUAGAUGACGCUGCCAUUGCUCAAGUACAAAUGGCUACAAAGAGUAACACCUACAUGCUCUACUUUAUUGGAGCAAUGUGUGGAGGAUCAGUGAUAUUCGGAGGAGUAGAAGUCUUUUUCAACUUGUUGGAUACUCUCUAAAUGCUAUCCUAUUUUAAAUACAUCAAUACACAACUCCCGUAUAAUUUAUAAUCCUAUUUUGAACUAUUUGGAUUUGCUUAAUUUAACUUUAUUUAAAAAAUCUUUGAUUUCUCGGGAUUUAUUGAUGAACUACUCGAUACUGAACAUUUAAAGAAGAUACCCUCCAAAGUAGCAAGUGAUGAAAUAACAUCACUUUUUAUUAUUAAUUCUGCAACAAUUGCUACAGUUUGGCUUUCACUUUUUGGUAUCUAUGCCAUUGCAAAAGUGAUACCUAAACUUUUAUAUUCAUUCAAAUUUAAGUUUUAUUCUGAAUCUUUAGCCGAAAACUCGAGACUUGUAUAAAUUGGAGUAUAUUUUUUGACAAUUAAGUUUAUCAUUAAUAAACUAUGUUUUGUAAUCAUUUAAGAAUUUUUCUAUAGUGGAAUCUUACGUGCUCAUAUGGCUACAGCAUAUGAUUUUACUUUCAGUGUAGUAUUGCAAUUGUAUGCCUUAGAACUUAACUCACCUAAUUAUUUUAUCAGAUUAAGCUCUUUAUUGGCUUGCGUUGCAAGUUCAAUAUAUAUAUUUACCAUCUACUUUGUAAUAAAAAUAUCCUAGAUGAAGAAAUAUGCUUUGAAUAAUUAGGAGAUCUAGGCUAAAUAUGGAUCUAUUUUUGAUGGAAUUAAAAAAAAUCAGUUCUCCAAAUAUCUUAACGCUAUACUUUUGAUCAAAAAACUUAUCUUUAUGCUUUUAUUAAUUUUCGCAUAUGAAUUUCCAACCUUUCAAACUAUCAGCAUUAUGCUUCUAUCAAUCUCGACGAGUCUAUUUUAUAUCUUUUUCAAUCCUAUAGAGGAUAAAUUGGAGUAUUUUAAAUAGUUAUAUUCUGAAGUUAGCAUCUCUUGUACACUUUUGAGUAUUACAAUUUUGACUUGUGAUUUUGAGUUAGCCUAUUUUACAUAUGAAAUUAGAUAAUAUUUUGGAUGGUGUUGCAUUUUUAGCAUGACUUCAAUAUUAUCUAUUUAAUUGGGGAUUGAUGGAUUUUAACAGUGGAGAUUUAUUUUUCAGAAGUAUAAGCAAGUUAGAAAAAUUGCUUAAUUAAUACUUGGAGUUUUUUAAAAUAACAGAUAAGUGCCUGCUACUUCCAACAUUUUCUAAUGA